AUGGUUCCCUCCCAUGGCGUCAGCUUUCCUCUGCGAAGACCUUCCGUAUAUUUCUGCGGGCGACGGAUGGCGAAGCUCGCACUCGUCUCUCUGCUGUGCGCGAGACUUCAGCUACUCGUCUCUCAAGCGUCCGCGGAGCCUCAACCGCUGGAUUCUUACAACGGGACUCCACCAUCACCCGGAGCCAUCAAGUCAAGACCAAUCCUUUCCUCGAAGGAAGUCGUUCCGUACGACCAAGGCGCAGCUGCGUCGUGGACCGACGUUGACUCGGAUUAUCCGGAAUCUCCUCCCGCGUCGACGCCAGUGACACGAGCGCCACCUCCGCCGCCAAGCUCGCCGGCAGUUGCGGAGUCGCGCGACUGCCAAUACGACGCGCUGGACAUCACCGCAUGCUCCAUGGGGUAUGCUGCAUCGGCGAGGAUCAACGGUGGACGAUUCCAGCCGCGCUACGUGGUGACAACGAGCUUCGACUCCGCGGACGCGUCGGCGGUCCCCGUGGGAUCGCUCCGGUGGGCGCUGCAGUAUCUCUCGGGCGGCGCGUACAUCGCGUUCGACGCGUCCAUGGACGUGUGGCUGCAGGCCGACCUAUUCGUGCCGUCCUUCGUCACCAUCGACGGCCAGGGCGCGCAAGUGCGCAUUCUCAACGGCACCCUCGUGCUGUCGGGCUCGCGCGACGUGAUCAUUCACAACGUCGAAGUUGCGGGACAGCCGCGCGGGAGCCUGAUAACGCUGUACGGGUGCAAGCGCGUGUGGAUAGACCACUGCAGCCUACACGACGCGACGGGGGCGAUCAUCGAGGGAUGGCACGGCACGACUGACGUCACCAUCUCCAACAACUACAUCCGCAACUCGCUGCCGGGAUCGCGCGUCAUCCAGGUCCGCGACCUCUCACAACUUCGCUUCUGCGUCUUUCACCCGCCGCCUACAAUUCGGUCUCUUAAUGCGACUCCUAUUGACGUGCGGCCGUGUGUGCGUGGUGCGCAGAUGGGAAUCCAGGACGGGGAUCCAGCGGACGCCACCUCGCGGGUCACCAUCUUCCGCAACUGGUUCGACGCAUCCACCUCCAUGCAGCCGCUCUGCCGACGUGGCGUCUGCCACGUGGCGAACAACCUCUACACCUCGUGGUCGGGUUACUGCCUUGCCGCCCGACGAGGCGCCACUGUGUGGUCUGAGAGCAAUUUCUUUCGUCCCGGGCAGCAAUUCGUCAGCGGAUUGCAACAGCAGCAGGGGCCGGGCAGUACGGGGAAGGCGCCACCGGAGGUGACCACGUGGCGCGACGGCAUGGGUCCGCUGAAUCCGGAUUUCGAUCCAACAGUGGUGAUUCGCUCUGUGGGAGACUACCUCUUUGACGGAGCCACGUUUCACGAGUGGGGGAGAGUGAAAUCCGGCGCAGGAGGAGCGGGAGCAGGCGGCUGGGUGCAAGCUGCACCAGUAUUCCCCUACGUGCUGUCUCUGCUGCUGAGCAACACCAGCCGGCCUGACCGUGUGAUCAAGCAGAACGCCGGCACGCAUUAUGAAGAGAUCAUGAUUCUUCCGCCACUUCCCUCGCCCCCGCCUCCGCCAUCACCUCCCCCGUCCCCGCCGCGCCCCCCGUCCCCUCCUCCCCCCCGCCCUCCCCCAUCCCCUCCCCGCCCACCUUCGCCUCCUCCUUCCCCUCCCCCAUCACCACCGCCCAGGCCACCAACCCCUCCUCCCUUCCCACCUCCAUCGCCCCCACCCUUCCCUCCAUCCCCGCCACCAACCCCACCUUCCCCUCCUUCUCCCCCACCACCACGCCCGCCUUCCCCACCCUCCCCUCCUCCAGUCCCCCCACCCUCUCCUCCUCCAGUCCCCCCACCCUCUCCUCCUCCAGUUCCCCCACCCUCUCCUCCUCCAGUUCCCCCACCUUCCCCUCCUUCCCCACCUGCAUCCCCCCCACCUCCACCUGCACCAGCUUCAUCACCUCCUCCUUUACCUCCCCCUCCACCAUACCCCUUCCCACCAACUUUCCCAGACUCCCCUGCUCCAUCCCUCUCCACUGCAUUGCCUUCUCCUCCAUCCGCCUCCUCACAACCUAGUCCAACUUCCCCCCCCAUUCCUACACUCGCAUUACCGCCAAUGCCGUCAGAUACUCACCCGCAUAUCAACUCGGCAGAUCCAUCUGCACCGCCUGCAGUUCCAGCCCAGGUUCUCACCCCUGCGAUGGCUACUGUGGGUAACUAG